GGUGGAAAUCCCUGUAAAUACUCAGACCAACAACCAGGCCACGUUCAGAGUCUCUUAGAUCCCCUUUCAUCCUCAUUCGGAUGCUCAGUUUGAACUUCAGCAAGUCGUCUUCACCAUGUCUACAUGACCACAUGCUGCUGUGUGAUUGGCUGGUUGGAUAUUUGUGGUAUAUGUCUACCAUCACAACUCCACAUUAACCCCACCAUUAACUGUAAAGUGGUUAAAGUUCAGUGUGGAACAAGGAACAGAGAUAGUAAAAUGAAACAGCCGAGUGAUGAGAGGUGGAAGAGUCAGUAGGAAAACUGAAACAAUGCCACUAUUCAAAGCUGAAUGGCGCCUGGCUAAAAUAGUCAAAUGAGGCUCCUCUUCUUCCGUUGCAGAGUCAAACACCGCUUGAGCUCAACGCAUCGCUGUACAUCUGCUCUGUGAGCUCCUCACGGCCGGUGAAGAUGGCGAAGAAUCCGGGUGUGGAUCUGCACAUGGAGGCAGCAGGAGGUGGCCUGAAGGAGCUGGUGCUGAGGUGGUUCACGGAGACCCAGGCACCGCUCAUCAUGAAGAAUGGAAGCUUCCCAGACUGGUUCCAGGGCCUCGCUGCACGAAAGGAUGCGGAAGAUCUAUUGAGAGAUAAAGCUCUGGGCUGUUUCCUCAUCCGCCUCAGUGAUAAAGCCAUCGGCUAUAUCCUUUCCUACAAGGGCCACGAGAGGUGUCGCCAUUUUGUCAUCAAACAAAAUCAGGACGGGCAGUUCGUCAUAGCCGGGGACUGUCAGCUGUUCGGCAGUCUGACUGAGCUGAUUGACCACUACAAGGUCAGCCCCAUCGAGCCGUUUGGGGAGUGCUUGACCUCCAGCUGUCAAGAGGAAGACAAUGAUGAGCUGUAUGAUGUGAUCCAUGCUAAAGAGAGGCCUGGGGUCAGUGUACACGCUCUGCGCUCGAUGUGGGAUCACAAAGAUGAUCAUCAGCCUGGCAAAAAUCAAAGGAUUAAGCACCAUGAUGAAUCUCCAUCAAUGCAUCCACCUGUACUUCCGUUUAAAUCCAAAAACAGAAAGCUGACAGGGACAGUGUCUGUAGAUGCAGCAUCUCUCUCAAAGGGUGUACCUCCUGUACCAAAAAGGAGCAUUCCUUUGGGGUUCCUCAUUGGUGGAUCUUUGCCUGACUCGAUGCCACAUCCAAAUGAAACCCAGGAGGACUCAAAUAGACAGAGACUCACAAGAAGCCCAAACCAAGAGCUGACUGCUGGCAGAGACUCAUUUACCUCCACCGACACAAACUUUCCAGGUGAUCUUUGUCCAGCAGGUGUUUCAUACGCUGAGCUGAAUCAUGGGGAGAGCAGGAGCAGGUCUUUGCCACAACUGAACAUAAACAUGGGGGAGGAGGAGGAGGAGGAGGAAGAGGAGGAGAACUCUAACUUGCCUGGCAGUUCUUCUUCCACAGCCCCACUGAAGAAGGUCACCUGCCUCACCUACUCCCUUCACGCUCACUCUGAAGGUUUGAACAGCUCCAGGUCAGAGCAGCACAGCAGCGAUCAGGAUGUCCUGAGGUCCAACCCUCUGUACCAGUCCUCUGAGACACAGAGAGGGAAUUUGGUGCAGCUGGGAGACCUGAUGUAUGCUGAAGUCCCACCGGCAGGACUGCCCGAUCAAACCUACGAGAUGAUUCCCGGCCAAAGUAACACGUACGAGUCUCUGGAGGAUGUGAAGUCCAAGAAAUCCAAAUCCACCUGGGGCAAAAAAAAUAUUAAAUGGAAGAAAUUCCUUCCUGAUUACUUGAAGAAAUAAACUCACUAUGACAGGGGGGUGCAUCUCAUGGGCGCCAAUGGGUCAUCCUGCAUCCAUCUAAAUGUAAGACUUGAAAACUGUUAAAAUCUUCAGAAAUAAGGCUGAUGAAGUGGUUUUUGGUGGAUUCAGUUCACAGCUUUGACAAGGCACCUACAUACCAAAGAUCAGCUUCUCUCUCCAAGAUAAUGGCACGAUUUUUAAUAUGGCACAGUUGUUUAUGUGUUAAUGCCUUAACAAAUUUCACUGAAUAAUCUCUUCUAUAGCAUCGGAACACUUUUACGAAUACCGAGUAUGAGUAUUUUCUCCAGGUCGGAAAUAAGGUCCUGUCCGAAGCGGAGUUCACGUAUCUCGGGGUCUUGUUCAGGAGUGAGGGAAGGAUGGAGCAGGAGAUGGACAGGCGGAUCGGUGCGGC